AUGGGUAGAUUAGACGGCAAGGUUGCCCUUGUCACAGGCGGCGGCUCCGGUUUCGGAGCUGGGAUAUCAAAAGGCAUGGCCUCUGAAGGUGCCAAAGUUCUCGUCUGCGAUAUCAACGCCGCCGGCGGCCAAGAAACAUGUUCUACAAACCCCUCAUCGCUAGCCUUCCACCAAAUGGAUGUGACAAAGUCAGCCGACUGGAAAGCAACUGUAGCAGCCUGCAUUGAGAAAUUCGGACGUUGCGAUAUCCUCGUAAACAAUGCGGGCUGGUCGUACAAAAACAAGCCGACAACAACGGUUACCGAAGAAGAAUUCGACAAAGUUUUCGAUGUCAACGUCAAGGGUGUGUAUCUGGGAUGUAAUGCUUGGGUUGACCAAGCGAUUGAGAGAGGCGAGGGCGGUGUAAUCAUUAACAUAGCGAGUGUUGGUGCUACAAGACCAAGACCAGGCCUUGUAUGGUACAAUGCAAGUAAAGGUGCUAUCUGGAAUGCAACAAAAGGUCUCGCAGCAGAAUACGGCCCACAUCAGAUCCGUGUUGUAUCCAUUUGUCCCUUGAUCACUGCUACGGGUCUUUUCUCUGCUUUCACUGGUAUGGAAGAUACGCCGGAGAAUAGGACAAAGUUCACGUCCAACGUACCCAUGGGACGCAUCGGUGAGGUAGAUGACGUGGUGAAUGCGUGCAUCUUCAUGGCGAGCAAAGAAGCAGGUUUCAUUACAGGAGUCAAUCUCGAAGUAGACGGUGGACGAUGUAUCUAA